AUUAGCACCAUCUACCGGAUAUUAGCGAAGUGUCUAAAGUAUUGAUUUUUAGAAUUUUCUUAUCAGUUCUCGCAAUAUGGGAGCAUAACAAAAUCAGCGCUCGUGUACUUCACAUUCCUACAAAAUUUUUGCUUAUGAAAUGCGAAACUAGUGCCAGAUAAACAUAUCAAGUUGCAGAGAGUAGCAUAACCCACGGCUGAAAACCUCCCAACCCUCAAUCCUACAUUUUUGUUGCUUCCUGGUGAAAAAAUUUCAGCAAUUUGCAUAUACCUACAUAUUUACGCAUCCUCUUUGAUCGGAUUUUUGACGCACGUGUGUCUGCCACAAGAUCCAAUCACAAGAUCAAGAUCACCAAGAUCCAACCAAAUACCUUCUAUCUACGUCCUUCAACAGCGUCAGCAACAUAGGGCUCGCCGAGACUGCCGUACUGGACAUUAUGGCUGCUAAUCUACAACAGCAGCGCAUCAUUAACGAACAGCUGCGACGCGAGGCGAAUGUACCGCGCAUACAGGUGUCACAAGCAUGUCAGCUGAUGAUGAAAUACAUGCUGGAGCAUGAGAGUGAGGAUUGUCUGCUGAAUGGGUUCUCUAGUCAAAAAGUAAAUCCAUUUCGCGAAAAGAAUUCAUGUAGUAUUUUGUAAGUAUUUUUCUUGCCUUGAGUAAGCAAAUUAUGGUUGGAAUAUUGUUUUCUUUUCUGUAAGAUGUUUCAAAUAUUUUCCAAAAACAAAAACCUACAGUGCUAACUAUUUAUUAUUUAACACAUAAACAUACUUACAACUUGUAUUUAUAAUUAAAUUGUUUAAAUUGAAACCAUUGCCAAACUCUAGAUGAAAAGAAAAGUCUCAUAAGAAACCUCAAUUAACUAGGCGCUGUCUAAGUACUAGAAUGUGUAGAAGCGAUAAAUCGCAGAUAUAUGUAAAUGUUUAUCUUGUAUACACGUACACUAAAACAACAAAUAAAA